UCUAUCAAAAAGUUGUACCUUUAGAAGGACAACUAUAGGUAACUACCGGAAAACAAAAGAAAACUUGAUCAAACCCUACCGGCAGAACUACCAUAUAUCGAUCCUUAUAAAUACCUUGCAUGUAUGUUCAAUAAUUUUGCAAGACAGUUGCCCCUCUUUCUCCGUUCACUCUCUGUCUGUCAUAACACAAGGAAUUAAGCAAGCAGCCUAGAAACAAGUAAAAGAGAAACAAAGGCAAUGGUUGAAGCAGCAGAGCAAUCCCAAAAGUACCCGACAAUGGCAGAGGUGGUGGAAGAACUUCAGAGAAUGACACAUAUUGGCUUCCCAAUUGCGGCCAUGAGUUUAGUGGGUUACCUCAAAAACAUGGUCCUAGUUGUGUGCAUGGGAAGGCUUGGAAGUCUUGAGCUAGCAGGUGGGGCUUUAGCCAUUGGCUUCACCAAUAUCACUGGCUACUCAGUCCUCUCGGGCUUGGCCAUGGGCAUGGAGCCUCUAUGCAGCCAAGCUUUUGGUUCACAAAACUUCUCCAUAGCUUUCCAUACUUUACAGAGAACUAUUCUCUUAUUGCUUCUCACUUCUCUUCUAAUUGCUUUGCUUUGGUCCAAUCUUGAACCUCUAUUGUUCCUUCUCCAUCAAAACCAAGAUAUAACAAGGAUUGCAAGCUUGUAUUGCCAAUUUGCCAUCCCCGAUCUUGUUACCAAUAGCCUUCUUCACCCCAUACGUAUUUUUUUACGUAGUCAAAGCACAACAUGGCCACUCAUGUGGUCCACUUUACUAGCAAUCAUUCUACACAUUCCUCUCACAAUCUUCUUAACCUUCACUCUUUCCCUUGGGAUCAAAGGAAUAGCAAUUUCCACUUCUCUUACCAAUUUCAUAACUCUAUUUUUUCUUGUGGGUUACAUGGUCUAUGCCCAUAUCACGAAAAAGCCUUUUUAUUGUUUGGUUGCGGACCAAUGUGAACCCACUACUAAGUAUGAUACAUCGCAAACAUUGUACCAACCAUUAUUACCUAAAAAAGUAGUACCACUUUCGUUGAGGAAAGUGCUAGGAGAUGACGAAUGGAGGAUGCUAAUUCGACUUGCUUUGCAAAGUUGCCUAGGAGUUUGCUUAGAAUGGUGGUGGUACGAGUUCAUGACAAUUCUAGCCGGUUACCUUCGCAAACCUCACAUUGCCCUAGCCACAUCAGCCAUAGUGAUACAAACCACAUCUCUCAUGUACACAUUGCCAACGACACUAAGUGCAUCAGUGUCUACACGAGUAGGCAACGAGCUAGGGGCAGGCCAACCCAAAAAGGCACGUUUGGCAGCAGUGGUGGCGGUGGGGAUGGCACUAAUGAGCUCAUUGUUGGGCUUGUUAUUGACCACUCUGGGGAGAGAAGCAUGGGGGAGAAUUUUCACAGAUGAUAAUGAGGUUUUGGAGCUAACAAUGGGUGUGCUACCAAUUGUUGGACUAUGUGAGAUUGCAAAUUGUCCACAAACUACAAGUUGUGGAAUUUUGAGAGGAAGUGCUAGGCCAGGCAUUGGGGCAUGGAUUAACUUUUACUCAUUUUACAUGGUAGGUGCGCCUGUUGCAAUAGUCUUGACGUUUGUUUGGAGAUUAGGGUUCAAAGGGCUUUGUUAUGGGCUUCUAGCAGCUCAAGUUACAUGUGUGGUGUCUAUAUUAACAGUGGUCCAUAAGACAGAUUGGGAGAAAGAAUGGCUCAAGACGAAAGAGUUUGUAGGAAAGAAUAAUCAUGGAAUGGCUGCAUUUGCACAUGCAGAUGAAACAGUCAAAUGUGAAGAGGGUGUUGCAAAUUAGGAGAUUUGAAAUGUCCAAAGGAUUUCGUGGGAAAAGUGUGUAUGCAUUUCACAUGCAUAGCAAAUAGAUGGUUGAAUGUGAAGAGACUAGAUGUUGGUGUUUCUAAAGAAGUAGAAUAUUUUGAAUGCUGAUUGAUCGAUAGAAGAACAAUCGCACAAAUAGUUCCCAUUAUUCGUUGUAAUUUACGAUUUGUAAUGUUUUUGCGGUUGCUGUCGAGCUAUUUCUAGGUGUUACUUGUUUAUAGUUUUACAUGUAUUCUUCUUGUACUAGUCAUACAAAUUUAUAUUAUCUUAUAACUUUGAUCUUUACAUGUGUAUCUGAUUUUAGGGUGGAAAUUAGGCUUACUAGCUACCAUUAUAAAAUACUUAGGCUUACAAUCAUAGUUCAACUCUAACUUGGUCUAACUUGGCGAUUCGAUUGUUUCUGGUAUGUCCAUAUUCUUUAGUUUAAAUUUUUCUAAAUUUUUUUUAUUAUCUUUAUUAUUACAUCACAUGAAUUAAACUCUAAAAUAAUUAUAACCUUAACUCAUUACCUUACCCUCCUCCAUGCUUGAACUAGCCUCAAGAUGUUAUUUAGAAAAACUACCCCUAUAGCACAUAAAAUUUUUCAUAAGUUGUUGUUGUUGUUUUUUUUUUUUUUUUUUUUUUUUGUCAAAAAGAUAAAAAUUUAUUAAAGUCGAAUGACAAGGUUUAUAUCAACUGCAAGAAUAUUAAAUAAAAAAUUCAAACCAAUCUCAUUCCAAAGGAACUUGCCACCAUGCUAGGUAGCAAACGAAACCAUCUCGUGAGUAGCCAAGUUACCUUCCCGGGAAGCGAACCCAAACUUAACAAAAUCAAAAUGCAUAGCUAAAGAAUCUUGCAUCCCUUUCCAUCUAUCUAUUAAUCAUACGAAUCAAAGAUUGGGAGUCAGACUCGACCUCCACCGCUGUUUCUGUAAAAUAUCAAUGCUGCCCUCACGGCAGCAGCCUCAGCAGCAAUGGCAGAACAAAAAAUAAAUUUCCCCACACCCCCAGCUCGCUUUAAAAUCCCAGCAAAGUCUCUUAACAGCCACCCCAAACCACCCAACCUCGUCUUUGACUUCCAAGCACCAUCGCAAUUAAUUUUCAAGGUUCCA